CCCUUUCUUCCUUUAUACCGCACGUUUGCCUGUCCUACUGUUGCGUAUUCUCAUCAAAGCCUCUGCAAUCCUAUUCAUGAGAAACCUGUAGCAGAGGACAUGUUGGAAUUGGACCUGUGGCAGGCCGUGCGGGCGCUUCGACCCGAGGACGACGCGAAGGGACAUAAGGCCACAGCAAUUUUCUACGCUGGCAACCUUCUAGACCGAGUGCUCGCAUUCCACUAUGGCGCCAAUUGCCCCAUCAGAGAUGUUUCGCAAGGCUUUCCAGGACUUUGUGUCGGACAUCGAUGGCCUGCGCUUAGGGGACGCGAAAGCGGCACAAACUGACUGCAAAGCCAGGGAGGCCAAGGCCGCAGAGGGUGCCGGCACGCUCGUGAGACCCGUCCCCCUCCGCAAGCUCUUCCUUGCAAAAUGCGUGAAUGCGCUACCCUUCAUCACCUUGCGGAUGAUACCGGGUGGAGCCCGGGUAUGUUGUGGACAACCGGGCACAGUGUACGACAAGACCGGUACCAUAGAGCCAAACAACAAGGGCUUCUUUGGGUGUGCUGUGUGUAGCAGUGGCGCCCUCCCUGCCAAGAGGUUUCCCAGCUUGAUUGCUAUCGGAAGAGGUGCAGGUCCAGCAGUGAGAGUGGAGGUCUGUGUGCUGCUGCUCGUGCUGCAUGACACUGUGAGCAGCAUUCUGGAUACUGGAAAACUGAUGGCAUCCACGGAAUCUGCCGGUGGUGAAGGAGAAGGACAAUUUCUUGCACGAAAAGAUGAAGCUGUUCAGUGGUUUCAACGGGAGGACUUCGAUCCUGCCGAAUUUAUUGGUCUGCUAAACUCCGAGAAAGAGCUUGACCAGGCCCGAAAUGAGCUUGUGCAGUUGAGUGAUUACUGCAAGCAAGAGGUGCAGAAGGUCGUCCACGCGCAUCACAAGGACUUCCUGGAAGCUAGUCGCAACAUACAAGAUGUCGAAGUCCUUGUUGACGAGCUUCGCAACUAUGUCUCUGGUAGCGUGGCUGUCGUGGCCAACCUCGUGGACCUACCUGCCUUCCCCAAGCAGGUCCCCAUCCAGGCCCCCAUUGCGUUCAAUACCCAGGAUUCAAUACCUGGGGCCCCGUCGCCCGGACCACAUCACCCACGGACCGGAAACAUUGGUUGUUUGUUCGCUGUGUCCUCGAACGUCGGUACGACAUCGUCACCGCUUGAUGGCGAUCUGGCUCGCAGUGAAUUGCCGAGCGGUCAGGAGGGACCUUCGACGUGGGAAAGCAUCCUUUCCCUGCAGGCGGGGCUGUUGCAAGAGUUGCAGGUUGCGGUAGCGGAACAGGAGGUUUCGUUGGCAAGGUCGCUUUUGGAUGCAGGACGAGACAUAAUCGCAGUUGUUGACAGAGAUGGAGCACAGCUUGCAUCCCAGGGGAGCAAUGGAAGUAUUCCGGGUUGGCGGUAUGCGUUUGAAGGCGCCCUUGCAGCUCAGAAGGCGAUCCUAAUAGAGGAGCUGCAGCGCCAGUUGUUGCAGACGAACAGCAGUACACUGGAGCGGCGUCAGGCAGCACAGCAGCACUUGUUGAAGCAGCACUCCGCAGCUGGUGGUGAUCCCGACGGUGUUGAGUACGCUGGUGGACUGGCACAGCGUACAUUCCUGGCGAUUGGCGCCGCUGCGGAGGACGUGCGGGCUGUGUUCCCGAGUCCUGCAUACAGUGCGGGAGCCCUGGAGUCCUCCGACCGGCCCGCAAAGGCAGCAGCCGCCAGGGGCUCUGGGCCCCCUAGCAGCAGCCAGGCGGAGGCCGUGCUACCGCCGGUGUCGGCGCUGGUCGUACAAUGGGCUUCGGACGAGGCCCGGCAUUGCGCCGCCCUCCUCUGCCGCCACGCGCUAACGCCAUUCGUGGCAACAGGCAUGGCAGUUGGAGCGCUGCUGUGCGUGGGGCUCGCGCUCGUGUUUUGCGUGGCGCUGGAGUCAAGUCACGGACUGGCUCUACGGGUAGCUUUCAUGGGAGAGCUCUGGCCGCUGUUGGAAGCGGCAGAAUGCACAGCCAGGAAUGCGGUAUUCAUGAUGAUGGAUGGCGAUUUCGGUGAUCAUGAUGAUAACCAUGAAAGAAUGGUCUUAGUAUUAGAAUGGCCUUAUUACAAAUAUCGGGCGUACGCAAUGAGCGCGAAGCCGUUCACCAUUUCUCGCACUUUUUUUCCAGGUGGCGGUGGGCCGACGAACGUCAAGCCGGAGCAGCUGCCGGUGCUCUUCCCGAGGCCUGACGUGCGGUCAGGCGCGGGAGCACCUGCAGGUCUCACUUGCCUGCACAUGCUGCUCCCCGAGCUGAAAGCUCUGGCGGAGGGCCUUGCACCCCUUGCGUCCAGACCGGCAGUAGCCGUGCUCCGCCAGGGGGUGUUGGCAAGUUACGAUGCCGUGUGCGAGAAGGUGCACGCGUCACUCUCACGUCUUGUGUCGAGCAACACAGGAGAAGGGGCGAGCAAGGAUGCCACCGCUCAGGGUUCCUUUUUGGCUGCAUACGUCUCCAGGGCCGUGAAAGCUCUACGAACGUUUGCGGAGUCUGAUGUCCAGAUUGCACUGGAGUCGUUGGCGUACGUUUGUGGGGCUGUAGCUCCUCUGGAACUUCUGCUGCCGUCACUGGGGCCGCUGAGCGAGCUGCUCACCAAGCUGCCGGAGCCAGCACCCGAAACCGCACCAGCGCAACCCGUGCCGGCGGGAUCCGCCACGGACAAGAGGGAUGCCCAGGUUGGGAUACAGCCAGGCGCUGGUGCCACGGCCAUUCGGGGCGCAGUCCCUGAACACACUGGGGAUGAAAGCGCCAUUGGAGCUGACACCAUUACCCAGCGAAGGCGGGAGACAUCAACCGUUCUGCCUGGAGCACGGCGUCAGGAGGCAGAGGGUGAAGCCGUGUCAGAUGCAGGCCUGGACGGGCUGGGAGAGUCCCGGAAGCCUCGCCGUCCGCAGCUGCAGCGUCGCAGCAACCUAAGGGCUGACAGCGAUGACGGGGUGGCGAGGCCGGCACCGCAGUUUGAACAUCUAUCCGCGGGUGAUGCAGCUGAGCGCGCAGCACCCCGCCGGCGCGACAGGACGACGCAGGACUCCACGGUGGAGGGGACAAUGAUCGACAGAGGGGAGGGCGGGGUUGCGCUAUACCCUGCUCCGCGGCCGUCAUCACGGUCCCGACCUGUUGAUCAGGGACACUAUGCGGGCCAAGGAGGGUCAGGCGCAUUGUUUGACGAGAACUUGAGCGAGCGAGCUUCAUCCCUAGAGGUGCCGCGCCAGCAGCGGGAGAAGAGAAGCGUGCAGGUCAAGCGCGGAGCGGGGGAUUUAAACAAUGCAGCGACUAAGUCAGCUUCGCGGCUUGAUGGACAGCAACAGGUUGGUGAUGAGCAGGAAGCGAAACAGAAAGAAAGCGAGGAGAUGCCGCCUGCCACUGGAAGCAUUGCCCGUGGCAGCGAAGCAACCCGCAGACGACGGGGCCAGGACCGUACUGUCCGUUUCCAGAAGCCGUCCACGGAAGGUCAGGCCGCCGGGGUUGCAGGGUCUUCCGGGAAUGAUGAUGAUGAUGAUGAUGAUGAUGAUGAGGUACCCGCCCGUAAGCCGCAGAAGGUGCGGGCGCAGGAGGGGGCCAUGGAUUUUGUGCGUCAAGCUUCACGGCAGAAUGCCCGUGCAGCCGUGCACUUGGAGGAGCAUGAAGGGUCAGGUGGCGAUAAGCCGCUGUUGGUGCGGACGUUGCGACCACAGCUGGCGAUUUGGUCGCAAACGACGACACAGGGUGCUGAUGAUGGUCAUGAUGAGGUCGCAGGCGGUCGUCCGCCAGGUCAGGCACGGGCGACGCGACGGGAACGGGCAUUGGGAGGUCGCCAGGGUUCACACACCAGAGGAACCGCUGACACGGAUGGGAAGCCGCUCAUGCGCAGGCGUGGUGCUCGUGCAGACGUCAGUUCGCUGCCGGACGAAGAUGAGGAUGAGCAGGAGCUGUCGCAGCAUCGGGUUAUGCACCAUGCCCCACAGGACCGGGAACCUGCCCGAGGCGACACGAGCAACCUUUUGAAUGCGAUCAGCGCUGCCCGCGAAGCUGCUGCAAGACGGGCAGAUGGCGCAACCGCUAGUACUCAUGAUAAUGCGUCCAUUACGGCAGCGCCUGGACGAGUUCGUGAGGGCCCUUCGGAGGGUGACGUCAAGGUAGCUGUUGGCGCUGGUGGUCGGAGGCCGAAUCGCUUCGGGGUGGUGCUGAGUGAUGACGAUGGCGAGCCCGUUUCGGCACCUAAGCUGCGGCGGCCCAGACCUGUAAACACAGGAGGACCUGCUGACGCAGCUGCUGCAGCAUCAAGUGGAGAUGUGACGGAAGUCGGCAGCACUGGGUCAGUACAGGCCAAAGAGGCGGCAGCAACGUCAUUUCCAGCAGGCGCUUCACGCCAUCAGGAUCCACGUGGUCGUCCAGGUCUCCUGGAGGAACGUGAGAGUAGUGUGGCCAAGACGGAGGAAACUUUGGUUACUGGAUGGCGGAGGCAAGAGCCUCCAGCUCUGAGUGGCGACUCGGUACCUCCGGGCCGCACCUGCGGAUCUCAGUCGCGCGGCACUGGGACGGCGGUUAGUGCGCCUCACGAUUUGUCCGGUGAAGGAGGAGUAGCGGCUGCACGAAGGGAUUCUGCAGGCAAGCCGCAGACGGCACGCGAGCGCCUUGCGGCUCGUAUGGCGGCCAAGGGAGCAGCGCUUGAAGGACUGUAG